AUCACAAGCUGGUCUGUAGGUACAACCUGCACACUGUAGGUGGCGGCAAAGCAGCUCAUGGAUGAAAUGAAGCAGAUCCGCAGAAGAAGAAAGUGUCUCAUCGACGAGGAGACAUGGCGGAAACCAGUCUGGGUGCUUCUGGUGCACUGAAGACAAUCCUGCAAAGUGCAUCGGCGGGUUUUGCUUUCGGAGAAGUCGCAUUACUCGCCCUCGAGCCCUCGCUGACCACAGAUGGCGUCCUCCUGACCGCUGCGACUCUGGCCGCCGGACGAGUCGGCUCCACGGGCGCCGGGGUCGUGGCGGCGUGCCUCGCCUUCUCCUCCGUGCUCGUUUCCCUCGGCAGCGGCUUCCUCCUCGCCGCCGUGGUGAUGAAGCUGUUGACCAAAGGCGGAGCCACGGCGCUGGCGGAGGCCACGGCGGGGGUCUCCGUGGUGGCGGGGGCCGUCGCUACCGGACUAUUAGCCGGGAUCCUUCCGCCGUGGAUCUACAUCGGAGCUCAAGCCAUCCAGGUCCUUUUGGUGAUCUCAAACUCCAACAUUAACGACAUGACCACGGCUCUGGCCAUCAUCUUCAUCACGCUCUACCUCUGUGUCGUUUACGGGCGAAUGGGCGUGUUCUUUGGACUCUUCCUCACGGGGUUGACCAUAUCUGUGCUCUGCGCCCUCCGAAAGGCUCUGGCAGGCAGGAUGACGCCGAGACCAAAAUCCAAAACCCAGUGUAAACUUUUGGAGCGGAUCUUCUUCUACUCCGUCGUUGUGGGGAGCCUGGGCUUUUUAGUGGGCUUGGGUGCCGGUGAACCGGGAGAGGCGUCCGAAGCCGAGAUGGUCCUGAUGCUGCAGUCGGUCCUCUGGGUGGCGUUCGUGGCCGCGGGGCUGCUGGGCGCCGGCCUGGGGACGGUGGUCACGGUGGGGCUGGCGCCGGCGGCGGCUGGAAAGGUCACCGUUGGAGCUGCUGUGGUAUCGUCAGUCUCCCUGAGAGCCGUCGUGCGUUUGAGCGCUUCGUUGGGGACCCGAAGCGGCGUGGGGGGAAUGCUGGGAGCAGCCGCAGCCGCCGGCCUUUCCCUCGGCGCCGCCAGCGUGGCGGCGAAGAAGGCGUUCGGGGCUAGAAAUUGGACCGUGGCGGCUAUUGGCUCGGUCGCUCUCGGUGCGAUAGUGGCGAUGCGUGGCGGCGCGCUGGCGGCGACUCCCCCGACGACACCCGAACUGGUUUCCGUCAGCCUGGUCGCAGCGGGCUCGUUUCUUCUGGGGGCGCCCAGGAGCCCUUUCCACACGCAGGUCAAUCUGCAGGUGGGCCUCGUCGCGGGGCCCGAGCUGAUCCGAGGAGUCGGCAUGGAGACGCUCACGGCGGCGGCGGCGCCUUUCGGAGCCGGGGCGCUCGGGGCGGCGGCGUUGGCUACCGCGGCUCUGGGGAGGUUGGGCACUGGGGGAAUUGUGGCGGCUAUAUUGUUGGCUACGGGAAGUGUUCUCAGCGGCAUGAUAGGAAACUCUCAAACACCAACAACAAACGCACGCAGAGACUGAGGUCAAACGUCUGGACCCGAGGCCACAAUGUUUACGUGUGUGUGUGUGUGUGUUUACUUGUUGAUCAAACCUGGGAUGGAAAGCUUAUGGAAGCUUGAUGAAUAAAAUAAUUGAUUAAUGAAA